UUAUGGUGUUUGUUCUGGUGAAGAGGGGAUCGUUAUCGUGUGCUGUAGCAGUGCUCGUGAGUGGUGCAGCAGAUGACAUGGAAUCUUUAAUAUCCACAUGAAAAGUGGGAGAGAGGAGAUGAGUCUGAGAGAUGUUGCAACCCCUCUGACUCGCACUCUCCCCCACCCACCAAACUUGUAAAGCCUGCCUCAAGACUAGCCUCUUUUGUGCAGGAAGAUUGAGACACAUCACUUUAACCCCUGUAAUCCCCCAUCAACGCCACAGCCCAUAAGGACGAAGACACAAACACUCCAUGCAGAAGAUUACAUAGGAAAAUGAAGUCACAGCUCCACAAAUCCAGAAUGGCAACCGAUCAAAGAACAUUCGCCGAUGCCCAGAGAGCAAUUCUCUUCGCUCAGAAAGACAAAACGAUAGACGAAAAAAUGACCUUUUAUAAUACCUGGGCUAAAUGUUAUGAACAGGAUGUAGCACUUUUGGAUUAUCAAGCUCCCAUCUUUGUUAAACAGAGUCUCGCAGCUCUAUUUACCACAGGCCGAGACCAAGCUCUGGUCCUUGAUGUAGCCUGUGGGACAGGACUAGUUGCACAACAGUUACAGGGUCUUGGAUUCCAUCAUAUUCAUGGUGUGGAUGGGAGUGAAGGAAUGUUGGAAAUAGCACAGUCUAAGGGCUUGUACGAAUCCCUCCAGAAAUGUAUGUUGGGUAUGGAGUUGCUCCCUGCUUCACCAGACAGUUAUGAUGUCACCAUGAUUGUUGGAGCACUGAGUGAUGGACAGGUGCCACCUACCAUCCUGCCUGAACUCCAUCGAGUCACCAAGUCAGGAGGAUAUGUAUGUAUGACGACCCGGACUAACAUUGCAAAUCAACUUUACAAGAAACAGCUGGUCGCUGUGAUAGAGGACAUGGAACAGAGAAGGUUGUGGGACAUAGUGAAAGUGCAACAAGUGGAACAUUGGGAAAGGGCAGUGUCUGCAAGUGGUGUUGAGCAGGAUUCUGAGUACAUUUCAGGGAUCAUCUACAUCUGCAGAAAAUCCAGUAAUCAGCAGUCUAAAAAUAACUGAGCAAAAUGAGAACAGAAUGUCCAUUACCCACUACACUAUGACACUGAUACACAGGAAGCUUGGCUCAAGCACACCAGUGCAAUUUCACUAUAAAAUACUGGAUUGGUGGAACAGUAUUUUUCAUCAAUUAAAGUUUCUUGUAAAGUUUAAUUACACUGAUCAAAUGACAUGAUUAUACAAAUAGAUGUGAUUUAGUUUUAGUCAGAUCUGGCCACAACUUUUUUUUUACUGUCAACAUAUUUCUAUCCAUUCAAACCAGAUUUACCUUGCAUCAAGACAGUUUGAAGUUCUACCAAUGGCUUAGUUGGUAAAGUCACUAUUUAUAGUGUAAAAAGAGCCAAUCUGUCUGAUCCCAACAAUUAACAACACCAACAAUUUACAUUUAUAUAGUGCCAUUCAAGCGGAGUAGCAUCU